GCAGGACAACCUGGACAGCUCCGGGUCCUUCGCGGUGCGGAUCGACUUUGCCGCGAACGGGCUCUUCCGGGAGAGCUCCGCGAGGAAGGCAGUUGUCUUCGGAGAGGACGGAUGAGCGUGCGCGUCGAGCCCGCGGCGCUGACCGCGGCCAGCGACGGCGGCCGCGAGGUGCUCGCGGCCGUGCGCGGCGGCGCCUCUGGCAGCGGGGCCCCCGCGGCCUCGGUGCUGGGCUGGGGCUCGCGGACAUCUGAGACUGCUGGCGCUGUUGGGCUGCCCUCGUGGUCGGACGGCUCGACCUCGAGCGCUCCAUCGGCGAUCGCGGUCGCCGAAGAUCUCGGCGAGGUACUGCGGAGGGAUUUGUGGCAGGAUCCUCUUCCAUAUUUCCUGAAAUACCACAUGGAACAUCCUCGGGCGAGCGAGGUGGGGGACGCCAAACCCGAGCCCGCAGCACAGAGCCAUGACGAGCAGCCGCCGUGAGGCGGGCCAGCUUUCACACAAUGUCACACCUGCUCGUAGACAGGCCAGUUCAGCCGCGUAGCCUCACAGCCGCCGAGGGCCACCUUUGGCCGGACUCUCACAGCGGACUCCGACAGAAGCAAUUGGCCCCGAAAAUUGCAAAGCGAUUACUGGGCAGUCCAUAGCAAUUUACCGCAGCUUCAUCAUCCAUGCGUAGUAGCAUGACGGACUUGAUAAGUCCAACCAGGGCAAUUCAGAUAGUAGCGAGCUUAUGCUGGCGCGAGC